GGUAUUGGCUGUGGGCCUUAUAAAUCAUGAUUGCAAUGACUGACGUCCACCGUCUCUAUCUCUCUGUGUCUCGCACACACACACACACACAGAGGCACAAAUGCACACAGCACAGACACGGAUGACAUGUCUGUGUGUUCCUCACAUGUAUUAUCCAAGAUGCGUUGAUCCGAUCACGCACACACACCAUGGAAGGCACGAGUCAGUAGGCAGGGAGGCGGGCAGACAGACGGACGAACAGCCAGACGGGAGAGCCACCGGGUGGGGUGUGUGCAGCCAGUCGGCUACCCCAGAGAGACAGACAGACACAGGCGGAGGCGAGAAUGAGAAGAAAGGAGUCGGUCGGUCGGUCGACAGGGCGGCCAGCCAGUGAGUGGGAGGGGAAUUUCUGUAGCUACGCAUGAGGAACCAAUUGGUCUGUAUUCCAUGAUCGAUGCGUUCCUUACACGAUGGAUGCAUGGCCCCACGCCCACCCAUCCCCCGCACCCACUCACACGACGUUAGGUAGGAACAGAUAGAUACACAGACAGUCAUGUAGAUCAGUCACUGCUGAGUGAGAGUGGGCGGGCAUGCCGAAGCCAGUCGCUCCCCGUCUGCCCUUUGCAGUCAGUACAAUGAAUGAGCCGCAGCCAGCACCCUCUCUCUCCCGACAGACAUCAAUCCAUCACCCUAUCGGGCGUAAUGGUACGCCAAAACCUGAUAUAUGCGGCCCCUUUCACGCACCGGACGCAUAGACAGACGGAAAGAGAGAGGAGGGAGCCACUCACUUCCAAAUGAGUAGCAACGAGUACCUAGGCAUGCUCGAGGCAUUUAUGCUUUUAGUCAAUGAGUGAGUCGGAUCAAUGAGUGAGCGUCAGCCACACCACAUACAGUGAGUAUAUAUAACGCACCAGCCAGCCCCACGGCACACACCCCUGCGACCAGGCAGGCAGGACACACACGCACGCACCCCUCUCACCCCGGCCCCACCCCCAGCCCGUGGCAUGGCAUUCAUCAAGCAAGGCCGGCACGGCGUCUCAACGUCGAGAGAAAGAGAACCGCUUUCACCUGGCUGGCGUGGCGAGAGCGGCUUCUUGCAUCUCGCUGCCGAUGACGCCGAGGUGUGCAGCCCUGGCAGCAACACCACAUUCAUUCAUCCAUCAAAGAGAAACCACACCGCGCGUUAAAUCGCACACAUGGAUUCACUCACUGGUCCACACACACAGAGCCACGUGAAAGCAAUCAGUCACACACAGACACAGAGAGAGAGAGAGAGAUGCCCACCAUUCCCUAAAGCAGCAGCUAACUCUUGGAUUUUGAGUUGCCUGCCUGCCUGCCUGCCUCGCUGCCUGUCUGCCAUAGAAUACACAACCUUUUUCUUUUAGCGAUAUGUCACUUACUGGUAUACGAGUGAGUUCGGUUGUAUUGCUUAUGUAUGCUGUCAUGAUCUGUGAGCGUACAUACGUACGCAAGCUAAGCUAAGCUAUGGUAUGACAUCACUGCCCCCCUCCCCUCCACCCCCCCAAAGCUUUCGCCCACACAAUUGUAUACAGAGGGGGGAGGCGGACAAGCGAGCGGGAGCGAUAUAUAGCACCCCACUGCCUACAGAACCUAGGUGUCUGUCUAUAGUGUCUAUGUGCUCACGGUCUAGAUCGGUAUCGACAGAAAGAAAGAAAGAAAGACAGACGGACGGACGGACGGACCCCCUCUCACCUCACCGCCUGUGUGCGUCGUGCCUGCGCGUGAGGGCACACGGCGGCUUGAGCAGGUGGUGGGGAUGGCUGCCGGCGUGGUGUGCGGGCAACGGCCGUCGAUAAAGCGAACGGAGCGACGCACUGUCAUGCUUCAGCGACCGAAGCACCUCAAGCAGAUCCUGCACACACUCACACACACACACACACGAGAGAAGAUGCUCUCGUCUCUCCUCGCUCGUUGGUGCAUCAGAUCCCCUGCUCACCGCUGGCAGAGGCACGUAUGUUUCGAUGUCGUAGCCGCCGCCGUCAGGUCUCGAUGGUAUGGCCAGGAACAGGCCGUGGAGGAACUGCCGGCGGCACCACACGCUGUCGUUGACGACGUAGGGGCGUUGGUCUUUGCGCGCAUACUUUAGGUCGCCAACCAGAGGAUGGUGGUCCGCCAACCCUUCGGCGAUGUGCGCACGGAUCUGCACAGACACACAUCCUGGUUUGUCACCAUUCACGGCUCCCUCCCUCCCUCUCUCUACCCACCCACCGACCUGGUGGGUCCUGCCCGUCUCUAUCUUGAUUGACAGCAGGCUGUAGUAGGUCUUCUCGCCGCCCGUCCCCUCCCUCACGAAGAUGCCCAUCACCGUGUAGUGUGUGGUGGCGGUCAUGCCGGCUCCGCUGCGGUCCCCCACCGUCACACACCGCACCGACCGCCCGCCGCUUUCCUUGAUGAGCCGCUUGUUGAUGGUGCCACAGGGCGGGUACACUACACCGUGGGCGAGCGCGACGUAGAUCUUGGUGAAGAGUUGGCGGUGGAGGAAUUGCUUGAGCUGCUUGUACGCCGGGUAGGUCUUUGCGAUGCACAGCGGGCCGGAGGUGAAGCGGUCGAGGCGGUGGACGUGCCCGUACUGGUACUCCAGGGAGCGAAGGAUGGGGUGCCGCUUGGUGUCCAGCUUGUGCCACGGCCACACGUACAUGAUCUGAAUGAAUCGCCCAACCAACCGAUGAGACGAAUGAACAUGUGUGUCUCUCUCUGUGCGCAUGCGUGUGUGUGACUGCCCUCACCUUGCGGUCAUUCUUCGGGUCGACAAGGGCCGCGUACGAGUGCGCGCUGUCCCCCUCAGACUCGGCAUGGUCACACCCACACAGCCAGUCACUCGGCUUCAGCAGCACCCUUCAAAGGCAAACCAAGCAAAGCAGCGAGCCCAGACACACAGUGAGUGACAUGACGCCUGUGAGUCGGAGCAUUCAUGUCAUGCUCACCAAAAGUCCUCUGUCGCAUUGAGAACGGUCGGAACAGCUGCCGACGGCACACUAGGCUCCAUCAGCUCGCUCAGAAAGGGUGUCAGGUCGCUGUCGUUGACGCCAGACGGGCUGGACAUCAAACUACUGUCCGCCGGCUCAUCAACACAGUCCUCCUCGGCCUCGUUCUCCAGAGUGCUCUGCGUGUUGGGCAGCAGGGACGUGUAUGACGGCGAUGGCGCAUCAUGGUCCCCAACCGUCGGCCGCAGCACGGGCGUCUCGAUCGACGACGAGGUAUCACCACCACACGCUCCAUGGGCCGGGGCACCAGCACCAUCGCCGCCCAAGUACAUCUCGGUGACAGUCCGCUCCAGCUGCUUUGUUGGUCCGGCCUCCCACUCGCUCCACCAGCGCUCGUAGUCCUCCAUGUCAUCAUCAACGCCCUCCCCCGCCCCGUCCCCCGUGCUCCCGAUCGCACAGUCAACAUCGGUCGACGACACGGCAUCCGACGACGGGUCAGCCAGACACGACACCUCGUCCGAUGGCGGAUCCGUCGCGUCGUUGGCCGGACCGCCGAAUGCGAACUCAUGCAUGUUGGGAAGGUCCGGCACGGGCGGGAACCCCUCCUCAGUGGCAACAGCCGGCAUGGGGGAGAAGGAGGGGACGGGAGGGGGCGACGGCCACUCGACCAUCGGCGGAAGAGUGGCCAUCAUCGGAUGGGGUGAGGGCGGGGCAGCGACGGCAGCCUCUGGAGCAUCGAUGCACUGCGGCUGAUCUGACGCCGGUGGUGGGGAGGGGGUGCAUGGAGGGGCUGGAGGGGGCUCGGUGGUGGCCAGAGGGACCAUCCGACCAGAGGAGAGCAGGAUCAGACGAGCUGGCGGCUGACAGGGCGUCGGCUGCAGGCGGCACAAAGGCACACACACACAACAGACAUGUGAGGGCCCAUCCAUUGGUGCACAAAGUGGCAAAUAUGGUCUGCUUACAUGUUGGCUCGUGUCUGCAUCCGAUGCGUCGUUCACGUCGUCCGUCACGAUUGCAGGUGGCGGUGGGGGUGGGGGAGGGGGAGGGACGGGGGGGAGUGACGGGGAAUGAUGCGGUUCUUUCUGCGCCGCUCUGGCGCCUGCUGACAGUGGAGCGUUCUUGAUCCGCCUCCGGUGGGGGCCCAAUGGUACCUGCAAACCACACAUACAGAGAGCCGGGAUUACAACCGCAUCCAUUCACACACCCCACGUGAAAGACACAUACCGUGGCAGCUGGCGAGUCUUCCUGCGAUGGCAUGGCUGGCUCUACAGGAAAGCUGUACGAGGGCGGUGGUGGCGGCAUCGCUGGAGGCAUAGUGGCCGCCGCCGGCACAUCCGGAGGGGGCGGGAUGAGCCCCGCAUAGCCAAUCAAUGGUGGCGACACAGCCGGUGGCUCGAGCGCCUCCUGCUGCAGCCACUGGGGCACAGGGCCAACGAUGCCCUUCGCAUGGUUCGCAGGAUGAUGAUGAUGAUGCGGCGGCGGCGGCGGUGGCGGUGGCGGUGGCGGUGGUGGUGGUGGGAAAGCAGGAGGCUGAAGGAUGACCGUGGGUGGUGGAGGGGGAGGGAGCGGGGCAGAGUGGCUGUGGCACAGAUAACCCGGCACGAUGGGAUACACCGGCUGCUGCUGCUGGUAGGGGGAGGCGUAGAUGUAGACACGGGGUGGGAGGGGAGGGGGAAGGGGUGGGGGAGCGGGUCCAUCAGGCCCUCUCACCGUCACGAACAUUGUGUCAUCAUUUCCUGUCGGAAAGGCCGUCUUGUGUUGCCGCGAGACUUCGAUGGUCGAGCCACAGGGAGCGGACAAGAGCGACGUCCUGACCCGCUCAAAGCCAAUAGCCUCCUUGAUAACCACCCGACAGAGAGCACAGUGCGGGUGGAUGUCACGCGAGGCCUGGACCUCUUGCUGAUGAACAGCUGGGGACGCAGACGCGUCGCGGUCUCCUACAGAGGACGGCGACGAGGCGGCAGAGUGGGAAGUCUCGGCCACCGAGACCUCGCCCUGAGUCGCAUCUCCAUCUUCUCCCCCGUCUUCGUCGUCUUCUGCCUCUGCCGCUGACACAAUGGCCGUCACCUCAGCCUCAUCAUCAGACAUCCGCUGCCGUGACUGACGAACGAAACCAGAUCUGGAAGCGACCGCUGACGCCGGCCUUCACAAGCAACCAACACGCUACCUUCACAACCGUCAGCUGUUGGCAACAAGCGACAGAACAAACACGUGACGUGUGAUCCUGCGUGUGCGUGUCAGUGCUUGAGCGCUUACCCUUCACUACUAGUACAACGUGAUCUUCUCACAGGGCAACGCACACGUUCCAAAGCCCUGAUCAGAA